AUGCCUUUUCAACUCGCGCGCGACGCAUUGAAACACUACCAUGAGGAACAGAGGAGCAACCUUGGCCGACGGUCGCUGAGCACCGAUAAGCUGGUAUUCGCCUCGUCGUUCACCUCCUCCGACGACGACUCGUCAUUGUCCUCGUUCCGGUGGCGGCGAGGCAACAAAACUAGUCCGGUGACAUUCGUGUCGAUGACACAUCUCGAUGACGCCUCUUCGUCAUUGUCGGCGGAACAGCACCGGGACAGCGACUGGAGUCACCCCGCCAGCAGCCGAUUUCGCCGUUCCCUGAACAGCAGCGUUCGCGGAGUUGACGCUGGAACAGCAGGAGGGCAAGGAACUAGCUUUGAAACGAAGAAGACUGCCGAAGCGAAGACGACCACCUCUUCGACUUCGAAUCUCCUCAUCAAGCACUCGAAACGCUAUCUGAAACGCAGCGAAUGCCUUUUCAGGGGCCGAGGCCCAGCCGUCUCUGUUACUGCCCCAGGCGAUUCUCAGUCGAAGCUGAAGGAAAGCUUCCUGCGUAGAAGUGCGAAGCGAUCUCAGGAACGGAAGAACAGUGGUGGCGAAUCGCACAGCGACGAGAUCGUAAGUACCACUGAAUCGUAUUGA